CCUCGCCAUCACCACUUUCGGACACCAUCGGCGAACACAGCCUCCAAUUCGCUCCUUCGAAGUCCAGUGCUACAUUGCGACUAAGACCUCGGGACUGCGCCUGAUUCCAGUAAUAUCGACAGUUAUAACUUACUACACUGCAAGAUGUCAGGCAGAGUGCCAUCAAUAGCGUGCAUAGGGGUCAUCGGGAAGCACAAUAACCCCCUUCACAUAUCGCUGUUCCCGCCGGAAGAACGAGCACCGCUGGAGUUUCAGUUCCUUCUCUCGUCCUGCCUGGACAUCUUCGAGGCUCGUCUACCGCACAAGACGGCAGACCAGGACUUCGGAUUGCUCCAGGCUGUCGAUGAACGAUUAGCUAUGUAUGGCUGGCUGACGAACACCGGCGUCAAGUUCGUCAUCGUGGUGGAUAUGGAGGGAAGGCCGGCGACUGCUCUAGACAGCAAAGCCUCCAUUGCCGUCGGACUCAGAGAUGCAGACCUGAAGCCAGCUUUUAGGGCGUUGCAGACGGCAUACAUUAUGCUCCUGCGGAACCCGUUCUACAACCCGGACGAGCACUCACCAGUGACAGCAAACGCUGAGCAGAGAGUCGGCUCGACACAAAUCACUAGUCGAAAGUUCAUCCAGGAGAUCAAGAGGAUAGGGGAUACAUGGGCCCCUGGUGUCACAAAUAUCUGAUCUAACGGAACUUAUGCGUUCACGCAGAUACCUUACUGCAUUUUCUGGCGUUCGAUUUACGGUUCACUUUAGUUCCCUCAAAGAUCGAAAGUCAAAAUCCUAUCAACUUCCCUCCAAAUAUUCUUCUCCUGUCCUCUACCAAGGCGGCUUUGCCG